CUCGGAAUGCUGGCUUAUUCAUAUCGAAAGUCAGAACGAGUAACAAUGUGCGCCAACUGUCAAACCUCAGCUACUACACUCUGGCGAAGAAAUCCCGAUGGUGAACCCGUUUGCAAUGCUUGUGGACUAUACUUCAAACUUCAUAAGGUAAAUCGGCCGCUCUCAAUGAAAAAAGAAGCAAUUCAAAAGCGCAAACGCGGCAAGAAGCGAUGUGAUAGACUAGAAAGUGACAAACCGUCUCUGACACAAGUAAGUGGAACCAACCUCAAACAUUCGGCAAAAUUUCAUCUAAAUGGAGAGUCCAGCAAAGAAUUCAUCGUGGCAAACACAAUGAGAGAGCACCAAGAAAUUGAUAAUCGACUAUUUUUGGGACUUUAUCAAUCUAGACAAGGAAGCAGUAACAACGAAGAGGAAAUGUACAGACUUCACAAUUAUUUUAAUCCAACGGCAACAAAUUACUAUUAG